AUGGGCAAUAUACUAAGUAGAACACUGGGUUGCAGAGAAUUUUUACCUUACAUACCAGAAAAAGAUUCAGAAGUAGAUAGGUUUCAAAUAGCUCAUCAUUUUAUCAGAGAGAUAUGGGACAGAAAUUAUUCGUCACCUUUACACAGCGAAUUAGAACGUGGGAUUAAAGUUUUGGACAUCGGAUGUGGUCCAGGUACAUGGGUAUGCGAUAUGGCAUCAGACUACCGAAAAUCCGAGAUAACCGGUAUAGAUAAACGAUCAAUUUUUCCUACUGAAAAACCAUUCAACGUCAACUUUCGAACAGGGGAUAUUUUGAAAGGACUGGACUUCCCCGCUGGAUCUUUUCAUUUUAUUCAUAUUCGUUUUAUGGGAAUAUGGUUUACGAGACCGCAAUAUGAAGAGAUUAUUAUUCCAGAAUUAUUGAGGCUGUUGGUGCCGGGUGGGUGGUUGGAGCUAGUGGAAAAUGAAAUAAAGGUAUAUCAUCCAGGAGCAUUGAUGGACAGAUAUAUGACAACACUUCAUAAUAAAUUAGUAAACACAGACCGCGAUCCAUUUUUUUUUGAUACCGGAAUUGGUGACUGUCUUCGCUCCACUGGACAACUCGAAAAUAUCAAACACGAUAAAAAAGCACUCCCUUUUGGCAUUUGGGAUCGACGAUACGGAAAAGUCGGUUUACAAACAAUUUUGCCUGCGAUAAUUGGUAUGCUGGUUACGUGCUCGGAAAUCACCAAUAGACAGGUCGGAGGGGUGAUGAGAGAACUGACAGCCGAGGCUAAUGUUAAUUAUUCGUUUAUUUAUAAUCAUCGUAUUUAUGCACAGAAAAUACAAAGGCCAGAUGCAAGUGGGUGA